CGACAGCUUCCGGGAAGAGCCGAAUUCCGAGGGAACUGCAGGAGAGCGGGCUAAACCGGGUUCAGGUGGGCUCUUCAACCGGUAACGGUCCGUUGGGACGAUGUUGACCAACAACGUCGGUUACAACGAGCAGGCCGGAGAUGGUCAGCCUGAGGUGGGCCAAGAGGCGGCACCCACUACAGCCUCCACCGCUCCUCCGGGGGCCUUCGGGCUCUUCAGUAGCGAUGGCAAGAAAAAUGAAGAUCUUAAGCAGAUGUUGGAAAGCAACAAAGAUUCUGCUAAAUUGGAGGCUAUGAAAAGGAUUGUUGGAAUGAUUGCUGUAGGAAAAAAUGCAUCUGAAUUGUUUCCUGCGGUAGUGAAGAAUGUAGCAAGUAAAAGUAUCGAGAUUAAAAAACUUGUAUAUGUCUAUUUGAUGCGUUAUGCAGAAGAGCAGCAGGAUCUGGCACUGCUGUCAAUCAGCACCUUUCAGCGUGCUCUGAAAGAUCAUAAUCAAUUGAUCCGUGCAAGUGCUUUGCGGGUGCUAUCAAGUAUCAGAGUGCCAAUUAUUGUUCCAAUUAUGAUGCUUGCUAUCAAAGAAGCAUCAGCUGAUUUAUCACCUUAUGUUAGAAAAAAUGCUGCUCAUGCAAUUCAGAAACUUUACAGUCUUGAUCCAGAACAAAAAGAAAUGUUAAUCGAAGUAAUAGAGAAGCUUUUGAAAGACAAAAGCACGGUAAGUAACAAAAAGCUUUAUAAUGAAAUUAGAAUUGUGAUAUUUUUACCUAUGUUAAGCCAUUUUAAACAUAAAACUCAUCAGGGUAAGAGUUCAAGUUUUAGAUAUAGCUACUAAUAUAAUAUAAUAAAGAUGGGACAAAAUUCUAAUAAAAUAAAAAUUAGGGUGAACUAGAAGUGCUACUUUAUUGUGGAAAAGAUUGACAUUGUGAGCAGAUAUGCUGGUUGCUGGUACUGCAAUAAUUUCUUCUCAUUUCCAACUGAGUUCUUCUCUACAAAGUCUGAAUUGAAGAAAUUAAAUUUACAAAUUAAAUGUAUGCAACAUGAAUUAGUGAUUAGUGAAAAAUGCCUUAAAUACCUUCCCCACUACUACUCCAGUUAUUAUUUCUUUAUUUAUGGGUGUUUAUAUUUAUUUAAAAUCCUGCCUUUGAAAACACAUGUAUCUAUUGACUUACAAUAUUUUUAUAAGAGCCAUAAAGCUAACAAAAUAAAAUAACCAUACUAUUAUUAACCCUCUCUGAAUGACUGGAUCCUAAAUAUAGUACAGAUUGAAAGCUCUGAUGAAGAGUUCUGUCCAAAAUUGCUUAGAGGACCUUUUUAAAAUAGCAUUUUAAAGAUUGUAGUGGAUAUGUCAAUUAUAUAAUUCCUUUAUUAAGGCUUUAUAGAUUAUAUUCAGCAGCAUGGUUUCAGGGACCAGCUAGGGUAGACCAGUCAUUAAGAGGUGGCAAGAAACCAUAUUCUAAAUAGCCUUAAAUUAUACCUUCUUCCUUGGAAAAUUUUCAUUAUUAAUACUUUAAUAUGAAAGCAUGAUUAUCACUGGCAAAUAUCAGAAUAAAAAUUCUUUAGUUCUGCUCUAACUAAGGUUGAAGUAAUCCUGGCUUUUAGAUGAAUAUUGCAUUACAUGCAAAUUGAUUAGGUGUUAUUUUAUCCAUUUUAAAUCAUUUUGUAUCUCUUAGACAAAAAAGAAAAUAG